AUGCGCGGUCGCAUUUUGGCAUGCAUCAUUGAAAUGGAGGGUCCCCCCCAAGAGGUUCUCGCAAUGUUGUCGAUUGGGCCCGUGCAGCGAGGUGCCAAGGACCCGUUUCCUCGGUGCCUCUUUGAGCAGAGCGUGGGAAAUGUGAAGGACGUACAGAAUCUUGAAGACAAGCCCUUCCAUCGUCUGGAUUGUACAGACCUCCCAAAGAGUGCUCCCUUCAAGUGCGGUUUCUGUUUCCUGUGCAACCCUUGUUGCCAAUGCAGAGUGAAGCGGCAUGGCGUGCUGGUGCCGGAAUUCUUCCGCAUGGAGUCCUGCCAGUGA